AGCCAGCAAGCCUGGCUCUGCGGCCGCGCCGCGCCCCGCCCCGCCCCCACCCCGAAGCCUCGGCGCCGCCGCGCGACCAUCGCCGCCCCGGGCCAUGGGGCGCGAGAGGCGCGACAAGGGCAAGGACAAGAAGGAGAAGCGGGGCCGAGAGAAGGGCGGGCACAAGAAGGCGGCCCCGGACGCGCGCGGAGGGGGAGCGCGUCCAAGCCCUUCCGAGUACGACUACUACUCUGACUACGAGUACUAUAGCUACUCAGAAUCCAGGUCGAGGUCGCCCCGCGGUCGCGGCGGCCGCAAGGACGGCGGCCGCGGAGGUGGACGAGGAGGGCGCGGGCGCAGCCGAUCGCGCGGCGGAGGUGGCCGCUAUUCACCAGCGCCACGGCGCUCGCCGCCGCGCGGCGCGUCGCCGCGCCGCAUGGGAGGAGGCGGCGGCGGCCGAGGCCGCGGCGACGACGGAGGAGGCUUCAUCCCCGUGGACGGCCCGCGCAGCCCGUCCAGGGACGGGUCGCCGACGAACGACUGGAUCUUCAACAGGCCGCUGGCCCGCCGAAGAUCGUGGACGAACCGCGACUUCUCAGAGGCCGACAGGAUCCGCGAGGAGCUCCGCACCAAGGGCGUGGACAUCAUGGAGAGGGAGCGGAGGUGGCAGGCCAAGGACGGCCGGUCUGGCGCGAGGCCGAACGCCGACGACCGCAAGCGCGGGGACGAGGCCUAAGGCGGGCGUGGCGCCGCCCUCUGCAGGCCGCCCUCUCCGUGGACGGGGCCGCCCGAGGUAUUGGUUUUGGUCUCCCGCCCGCUCGUGGGCCAGGCCCUCAGCGGCUGCGGCGCGCCCUCGGGGGCGCCUGCCGCACCGGGGCGCCGCCGCGGCAGACGGGGACCGAGAUGCCCGGGCGCCUUGGGCGCUGGCGCUCCUCCUGCGGCCCCGCUUUGUCGACGCCUCCGGCUCGGCUCGAUGUCGACGUCGAUCGAUUCCGGUUCGCUUCGGCUUCGGAUUCCGAUGCGGGCUUCGGUCUCUCAAUGGAGGGCGUCCCAGCCUGCCGAUGUCCGUCGGCUCGACUUCUAUCGGCUUGGCUGCCGCCCAGCAGCCCUGGACUCGGGGAGCCAAGACCAGCGUAAGCAUCCACUUUCGGAGGUCCGCGCGGAUUUCUUGGGUCUGCGCUGGAGCUAUGUACCUAGCCUGGCGCGUUCUGCACGCCAGGGAGGGGUGUCCGGCGCCCGUCCAAGGGACCAGCGCGGACCUCCAAAAGUUUAUGUGUAGGCUAUGUGUUGUUGCUCGACUCUUGGCCGUCGGCCAGGGGGGCGCACAGAUGCAACCUGCCGGGGCGCUCAUCUGGCAUGGCGUGCACGCCCCACUGGUGAGGCGGGGAUGUAUCCAUCACCACCGCCUGGGGAUCGACCUUCGGGGACCUCGGCAGGCGGUGAGUAUGGAAACACUGCCAAGCCCGGGGACUCCGCAAGUUUCUGUUUAUGCCAUUCUGUGCUCCCCGACCCAGACCCACCCGCCGCGUCGCAGAAACUGUCACGGUGGCGGGCUUUUUUUGGGGGGGGAUGUGCUCGGUCUCUGGGGGGCGCAUCCCCGGGCCCUGGGGCCGUCCACACAGGCGGCUUGGGAUGAAGAAGCGGCCCUUGGGAAGGGGUCGAGACAUUUGGGGGUCGACGU